GAAAAUUGAUUGGCAGACGACUAUUUAGCUUAGACUUGACUCAGAGUCCAUAGACUGAUAAAGAUGUCAAUAAUAUACAUCUCGUACUCAGCUCAGCUUGACAGAUUGGAUCAGAUUCAUUCAAAAGACAAAAGAAAAAGUGCCCUAAAUUUGUCACCGGGUCAAUAGAUUACCAUUACUAUGACUUCAUCCAGUGAUGGCUGUGAGAUUUUUGAAAUCAAGAAGGCUCUGAAAGUCUGGGAGAAUGGCUUCAAAGAGAGUCACAACCGCAAACCAGGCCGAGAUGACAUGGUGUCAGCUCCACAGAAUAUUCAAGAUUUGUAUAGCAAGUAUAACAAGUUGAAGAAACUUCAAAAGUGUGGCAGCAGUAUCAGUCAGGAUGAUGGGAAAAGAUCCAGCCAUGAUACAAGUCACACUCGCGACACCUCCAUGAACAACAAAAAGGACAAGUCGGGAGAGAAUCUGGACAGUAGUGCAGAUUCUACAUGUGAAGAUGUUUGGGGAGCGCACCUGAAUAAAACCAAAAAGAAUCAACCGGAAGAGGAUAAUAAGGGAACUGAAAAGAAGGUGGAAAACUCAGAUGCGGCCCUGAAGAUGUACAGUAAGAAACUCUUCAAUAAUAGCAACUCAUACAGUCAGCUGUCGUGUGGUCCAAGACAAGGAAAGAUCAAUGCCAAAAAGCAAAGCUUCUGGUCAAAAGAUGAGACGUCUGAUCCAAAAGAAUUUGAUUCCUCCAAGCAAGCAUCUUCCAUUCAUAACCAGUCUGGAGACCAUGGAGGACCUGCACCGGUCUUGGAAUUCUUUGGAACCAAACUCAGUUCAAAAUCCAUCAGGCUUGGAUCUUGCAUGGCAGGAAGGACUACGGUACACACGGCUCGGGCGGUUGGACCAAGACUUCCGAAGACCAGGAACCACUCGUUACAGGAAGACUGGCUCAAGAAAUGUGAGAAGGAGAAUGAGAUUGUGCCAUUGCAAGAUGACAUGGAUAUGAGUGAGAAGUCUAAGCUAAAUGAUAACAUGGAAGUGACUGGGAACCCAGUAUCUAAUGGUAAAAGAUGUCCCAGGAAAACCAGGACUAGUGUAAGGGAACGUGCUGAUGAUCUUGAGGCAGAUAUCAUCAGAUGUAGUCCAGAGAAGCAGAACCAACCUUCACAAAAUAUGCAUCCAGCAUCAGAUAGGACUGAUGGAUUCACAUGUAUUGUAAAGAAGAAGGAUGUUUCAAGUUGUUCAUCUCUAGCUGAACACAGCUCAUCAAAGGAGACAUCAGAUACAAUAUCAGAUCAAUUCAUGGAAAGUGUGUCAAGGAAAGAAAGAGCUACAGGGGAGUCUGGGAGUAGUAAUGAUGCUUCAGAUGUGAAUGAUAGAAUCUCCAAAGAUGAAUCAUCCAAUCAAGAAUCCCAUGUCAAAUUGCACCAAAAGGUAGAUAGCUUAGAUGAUAUAGGCAAGAGCGAAGGACAGAAGAAGAGAGUCAAUGUUUCUCCAUCAGCCCCACCGUCCAAGAGAAGGAAAACUGGUAGGAAGGAGAUGUUGAUUGAUGAUGGAGAAGAGAAAGAAGAACAGAAGAUGGAUGAGGGUAAUGAUGGCGAGGAAGAUUCUCCGGUGAGUGUGAAGAGAGCGAAAGCAUCAGGAGGUGCCAUCUCCUCAUCCAAACGGAAUCUAAACGAGAACUUUGUGCGCCUGAACAUGCUCACCAAGAGCUACCGGAGGAAAGGGAAAGGGAUGCGAGGAGAGGCUUACAAAAGAAUGAUGUGGAAGCAGAAGACUGGUGCAGGUGGUUCAUACAGGGGCGGUGGAGGAAGAGGGAGGAAGGGAUUCAAACCCAGAGGAAUGAGUGAAGGAACGGAUAAGUGUUUCAAGUGCGGAGGGACUGGUCACUGGGCAAGUAAAUGUACAGGACAAGGCUCUAUGAAGAAGAAGCAAUGUGAGGAUGAACCUGAGGAUCCAGAGGCCGUGAUGGGUCCUCUACCUACCCUUGAGGAAGCUGCUCUUGCUGCAGUUGGUGCCAAGCCUCAACCAGACAUAAGAAGAGGAGAUAAGUUUGAACCUCCGAGCCACGCCGCACCUAUCUAUGAGAAUCAUACGGCUUCAUGUUCUAUCACUUUUCCUCUUACAGGAAACCUCUCGGAUGAAGGAAGAGGAGAUACGUUUGAACCUCUGAGCAUCGCCACACCUAUCUAUGAGAAUCCUACUGCUUCACGUUCUAUUGAUCCAUUGUUUGAGCCAACAGAAGAAGGCAUUCCAGAUGCAACUCCAAAGGCUGUGUUUACCGCAUUGAAUAAGAUGGGUUAUGAGACGUUUAGACCUGGUCAGGAAGAAGCUAUCAUGAGAAUAUUAUCAGGGCUUUCCACACUGGUAGUACUAUCAACGGGAGCAGGGAAGUCUUUAUGCUACCAGUUACCAGCCUACAUGUACAACCAACGAAAACCAGCCAUCUGCCUUGUCAUCUCUCCUCUCGUUUCACUUAUGGAAGAUCAAGUACUGGGGCUCCCUCGCUGUCUCAAGGGUGCUAGACUGCAUAGUCACAUGACCAAACCACAGAGAGACAAGGUCCAUGCUGAGAUUGAGGCAGGGAAGGUGCAGAUCUUACUGGUAUCACCUGAAGCAGUGGUAGGAGGGGGUACAAACUGCCUCCCUCACCCCUCCAAAAUGCCACCUGUUGCAUUUGCAUGUGUAGAUGAAGCCCAUUGCAUCUCAGAAUGGAGUCACAACUUCAGACCAUCUUAUCUAAUGCUCUGCAAGGUUUUAAAGGACAGACUUGGUGUCCACUGCAUCUUGGCACUGACUGCUACUGCCACUAAGACUACCUCUGACAGUGUCGCCCACCACCUUGGCAUCGCUGAACAACCUGGAGCAGUCAUCAGGGGAUGUUCAGUGCCUAACAACCUACAGCUCUCGGCCUCUAAGGAUCUUGACAGAGAAAGGGCUUUGAUCGAGUUGUUGAAAGGUGAGAGAUUCCGCAAACUGAAGUCUAUCAUAGUAUACUGUAUUAGACGAGAAGAGACAGAGAGGAUUGCAUCUCUCAUCAGAACUUGUCUGCAGAGUGAACCCUUCUACUCCGAUGAUGACGAUGAUGGUGGUGAGGAGAAGAUGGAAAUUGGAGGGGAGGAAGAGGAGAAGAAAGCUGAAAAGAAGGAAUGCAAGAAGAGCAGCUAUCAGAAGAAAAUCAGAAAGUCAAAGAAGAAUAGGAAACCAGCCAAACUUGAAGUGAACAGUUGCGAGGCCUACCAUGCUGGAAAGUCCCCCGCAGAGCGCAGGAGAGUUCAGAACUGCUUCAUGUCCGGCAACCUACGCAUAGUGGUUGCUACUGUGGCGUUCGGUAUGGGGCUGGACAAAGCCGAUGUGAGAGCCGUGAUUCAUUUCAAUCUGCCGAGGACAUUCGAGAGCUUUGUUCAAGAGAUAGGAAGAGCUGGGAGAGAUGGGCUGCCGGCACAUUGCCAUGUCUUCCUUGAUAAGACUGGGAGUGAUGUAUGGGAGCUGAAGAGACAUACCUUUGGAAAUUCUGUGGAUCGUUUCACUGUCAAGAAAUUAGUCAAGAGGAUCUUCAAACCCUGUAAAUGCAACCAGAUUCAUCAGCUAAAACAGGCCAAUGAAGAAAACCCUACAGAUGAGCCAUCCCAAAAUAUCUGUCCAGGACAUGCGUCUUCCAUGCCAGUUGAGACAACAGUACAGGAUCUGGAUAUAAAAGAAGAAGGUAUAGCAACCUUGAUGUGUUACCUAGAGCUCCACCCGGACCGCUGGUUAGUGACACGCCCACACACCUACACCACUUGCAUGCUCAACUUCUACGGGGGCCCGCGAGAGCUGAGAGCGUGCGCCCUCAAGAGUCCAGCCGUGGCCGCGGCGCUCGCGAGGGAGCGGAUCAACGGGAAGAAGAGUUCGAAGGAUACGGGCAGGACCACGCUGGAGUUUGAUGUGGUUGAAUUGGCAAGUGCCAUGGGAUGGGAACUUACGCCCGUGAAGAGAGAACUUAGGCAGUUGCAGUGGAAGCAUGAUAAAAUAAAAGGUUGGGUGAGGACUGGUGUGAUGGUGGAGUUCUCAAACCUUGCAUUCUCAUUCCGUUGCCGUGGUAACCUGAGUGAUGCGGAGCUAGACGGUGUGGUAGAUUUCCUUUAUGGGAGAGUAAUGCACCUAGAGAAGAGAGAGCUAGGGCAACUUGAUACUAUCUACUCAACUCUGGAGAGUAUCUCCAAGAAAUCUUACAUGGACUGUUGUGAUGAGGUAGAUAUAGAGCGCAGUGAUCACCUCCGACAAGAGCUGAUCAAGUACUUCACAGAGGAACUUGAUCUAACCAAGAUACAGCGCAGUCAAAAGGACACAUCUAAGAUGGAAGGUUCUGAGGAGGGGCGCAUCCGUUUGACCAUCCGUCAGUUCAUCAGCGUCAAUCACGAUAGGACGUUCACCGGCCGUGCCAUUGCGCGCAUCCUCCAGGGGAUAGCCAGCCCCUGCUACCCAGCCCAAGUCUGGGGCCGGGAUAGACGAUUCUGGAGGAACCAUGUGGAGGCUGAUUUCAGGGCUGUUAUUAGGAUCGCUAAUGAGGAGGUCAUGAGGAUGAGAUGAUGAACGGCUUGAGGCUUGUCAUCAGACACAUAGGAUUCACAAAGGUGGUUUUGAAAACUAUCGGUUGA